AUGUCGUCCGAGAAAAGCGUCAUUGUGGUUGAUUUUGAAGGGGAUCACCCUCAAGACUGGCCACAGUCUCGAAAAUGGCUUAUCAUGGUCACUGUGGCUAUUCCAUUAUUCUUGAUGCCUCUUUCUUCAACCAUAACGACGCCUGCAGAAGAGGCUAUUGCAGCCGAAUUCAAUGUCACAUCCUCUGUCACCGGACCGCUAGCACUGUCCUUGUUCCUUUUGAUGUACUGCCUUGGACCUAUUCUUCUUGGUCCUCUUAGUGAACUCUAUGGACGAUUGCCAGUAUUACAGGCAGGGAAUUUGUUCUACUUUGCCUUCAACCUUGCUGCAGGUUUCUCAAAUAGCAUGCCGCAGCUCCUGGUAUUCCGAUUGUUGAGCGGAACAGGUGCUAGUGCCUCAUUAGCAGUUGGAGCGAGUAUGAUUGGGGAUGUUUUCCGAAAGGAAGAGCGAGGCCUCCCCGUGGCUCUGGUCAGCAUGGGCCCCGUUCUAGGAUCAUGUUUGGGACCUAUAGUUGGAGGCUUCAUUGCCGACUAUUCCACCUGGCAUUGGGCUUUCUAUGCAACAUCCAUCGCAUCAGGAGCAUUCCUAUUCCUAUGUGCCAUUAUGGCACGAGAGAGUUACGCUCCAGUUCUCCUUCAGUGCAAGAAACAGAAGGGAAUGAAGGAACAUGCACGGGAAAAAGACGCAGCCGAAUCAGUAUGGAAGACUACAUAUGAGAAAGAGAAUGAGACUCUUGGUCAGCGCUAUCGACGAACGCUCCUUCGAUCCUUAUACUUCCUCUGCACUCAACCCAUCGUGCAAGCCCUGGCUUGCUAUUAUGGAUACCUGUAUGGGAUUGUGUACCUGCUUCUUUCCAGCUUCUCCAAUCUAUGGAAAGACCAAUACCAUAUGAAGCUCAGCAUAGGCACACUCAACUAUAUUGCUCCCUGCAUUGGCUAUAUAUUCGGAGCAGCUGUUUGUGCCUUCCUUACCGAUCGGGUCUAUCGAUACCAAGUGGCAAAGAACAAUGGCGUCGGCAAGCCUGAAUUCCGCCUACCGAUGAUGGUUCCAGCAUCCUUGCUUGUACCGAUCGGCCUUUUGUGGUUCGGAUGGAGCGCGGAGUACAAGUCAAACUGGAUCAUCCCUGAUCUUGGUAUUGCUCUGCCACUCAUGGGCGCUACCAUCGUUUUCCAGUGUGUCAGUGCCUACCUCUUGGAUACUUUCCCGGUCUAUGCCGCUAGCGCAAAUGGUGCGGUAUAUAUUUUGCGGGGAUUGACAGGAUUCGGGUUUCCCCUGUUCAGUCCAGAGAUGUACUCGGCGUUGGGAUAUGGAUGGGGAAACAGCAUUUUGGCAUUGCUAGCACUGGUUGUCGGAUGCCCUAUUCCAUUUAUCCUGUGGAAGUAUGGUGAAAAGUUCCGAGCGAGGAGCAGCUAUGCAGACCAGGCGAAGUAG